AUGACAAAGACCAAAGGUGUUAGAAAGACCAAUACCGUAGGUAGUAGACCAGGUUUGGCUAAACCCAAUAUCCAAGAAACUUUAGUCAAAAAUAGUGUUAGUGACAAACCUGUAAAAAAAGAUCAUGAAGAGAAAGAAGUUAAAGGCGAUGAAAUUAAGAAUCUUAAAGAAACCGUUCAAAAAAACGGAAAAGAAAAAGACACUUCCAAAGUUUUAGGAAACGAUAAACAAAAAAAGACUAUCUUAGCUGUUAAACUUGAGCAAGAAGAUCAAACCACUUCAAAACCAAAACCGUUAACCAUUACUACCAAUGCUAAUACAAUCACUUCAACGCCAGUAUUAACGUUUACAAAACGUAAAAACGGUUUAUCUGAUGAUACCUUAAAGAUUAAACGUAAACUUUCUUUCGAACAGCAGCAAAAGGUUUCUAAUAAUAUUCCCCUGACUCCCGACGAGUUAUCACCUACUUCUCCGACAGCUGACGCAAAUUUAAGACGUGGUACAAAGCGUAUUCGUAGUUCUACAUCAAACUUUGCGGAUCCACCCAUAGAAUCUUCACCUGUCAUUUUGUUAUUUGAAUUUGUAAAUCGUCUUCCAUCCGAUCCGAGACGUUUGUCUCGUGAAGAACUACUAAGAGCUGGAACUUGGAUGUUUGAUACAUUGCUAACGAAGUCUUUUUCAAGACCUUUCGUUAAUCCUGUAUCUGAAGAUGCUUUAUUAUAUCGUAGUGUUAUUUCACGCUUAAUGGAUUUAACUACAGCCGAGAAAAGAUUAUGGGCUGGAAAAUAUAAGGAUCUUAAAAAUUUGUACACCGACGUUGCACAAAUCCUGUCGAAUGCUUUUACUUUUCAUAAUGAAGGUGAAAUUUAUGAAGAGGCAAGACAAAUGUGCGAUUACUUUGUAAAACAAUUAUAUCCUCAAUUAACUAAGUUGGUCUUUGGUGAUGAUUCAUUACGCAUGAAUGAGCUGAUGCCUUUACCUCACGAAGAAAUUUUUACUAUACCCACUUUUUCAUUUGAGAAUCUCAAAAGUUCAAAGUCAAUAUAUGUUGUUCCAACAAUGAAUUACAAAAGGAUGCAAACUAAUCCACAAGCAAUAAAAAAAUCAAUUCCAUCUGAAGUACUUGAUCGACUUCUUAAUUUCAAUCAUGGGGUGCUGGAAUACUUUAAAGAUGGGACUAAACCAUCAACUCCUAAGCUCAAUAUAUCAUCUACUACAAGAGAUUAUCUUCGCAUUUACAUUACUAAAGGUGUGACCAUGAUGACCGAAUGUAUAGAUAAUCCUAAUUCUAUUGUAGUAAUAAUGGGAAAUAUGAAAUUCAUCCGUAAAGAGAAACGUUUUCGCUUUGAUGCUCUAUUUGCAAGACCAUUCGGAAAAACUCAUGAUUUGGAUACUUUUGAAUUUCCCGAUUUGAAUGAUGCCAAAGGAUGGGUUCGAUGUGCGAUUUUAGCUCGACGUGAUAAUAUUGAAUUAUCAAUGGCGACUCAUUGGUUUGCUAAUAAGCUAUUACCGUUUAGUACGACCAAAUUUGAUGAAAGUACUCUUACACCUGAAUUUCACGAGGCUUACAUCGAAUCUCUUUGGCGUGAUAAGCCAAAUAUAAAAGUUGAUCCAUCUAUGAAAUUUUAUUCAAAAGAUCAUGAAGAUUCAUUUAUAAAAUCAAAAGAUCAUGAAGAUUCAUUUAUAAAAUCAAAAGAUCAUGAAGAUUCAUUUGUAAAAUCAAAAGAUCUUGAAGAUUCAUUUGUAAAAUCAAAAGAUCUUGAAGAUUCAUUUGUAAAAUCAAAAGAUCUUGAAGAUUCAUUUGUAAAAUUAAAAGAUCAUAAAGAUUUAUCCAUAAAAUCAAAAGACCAUAAAGAUUUAUCCAUAAAAUCAAAAGAUCAUGAAGAACCACUUUUAAAAUCAAAACAUCAUGGAGAAUCACUUACAAAAUUAAAGCAUCAUGGAGAAUCACUUACAAAAUUAAAGCAUCAUGAAGAAUCAUUUGCAAAAUUAAAGCAUCAUGAAGAAUCAUUUGCAAAAUUAAAACAUCGUGAAGAAUCAUCUGCAAAAUUAAAACAUCGUGAAGAAUCAUCUGCAAAAUUAAAACAUUAUGGAGGAUCACAUGUAAAAUCAAAGGGACAUGAAAGAAUGCAUGUAAAAGCAUCAAAAUAUCAAGAAGCAUCGGAAAUUGAUGUAUUUUCAACUGGACAACCAUCUCCUCCGGAGCAAAUUGCAUCAUCUAAUCAUAAAUCAGUAUCUGAAAAAGUAAUAACGGUAGAACAAGUAAUAUCACUUGAAAAAAUUUCAUCCGUCAAACCAAAAAUCAUACAUGAUGAUCUUAAUAAUGAACCGAAUAUUCAGAUUAAACAAGAGCCAAACGAUGACGUAGUGGUUAAUGACGAAAAAGAAAAAAUGGCAUUACCGAAAAAAACCAAACGACCCAGAAGAUCAAACCGAGAAACAUACGCAUAUUUAAACAUGUUGCCUAAACGACGUACAAGACAACAAUCACAAUCUGAGUGGAAUUUGCCACAUGAUUUAUUACCUCAAGUCACUCGACAAUCAUCGCAACCUAAACGUCGAAAAUCAGGAAAACCAAUAGAACGUGAAAACCCCGUAAUAACAAAAUCAACCGAACCUGAAGUGACUAAACCUCAAAAUCAAGUAACAUCAAUUGUAUCGCAUAAAAGGGGACCAUAUAAACCAAGAAAAAUCGGUAUAAAGAAUGCAACAAUUAGGCGAUCUGCACGCCAAGCUAAUAGAAAAGAAAGAACGGUAACCUCAAAUGAUAGUGAAAAGGGAAGCAUUAAACGAGAAAAAGUUUAUAUUAAACAAGAAUUUGAAGACGGACAGAAUUUAAUGGUGAUUGAAGAAAGAGCAGUUAAUGAAUGUCCAAUGGAAAUAGUUCAACUAGUCGACCAAGAAUCAGAUGGACAAGAAAUACCUUUAUUCUUGGCGGAAGAAGUUGAAUCAUUUAAUGAAAAUAAUGAUUUAGAGAAUGAAAAUAAUGAUUUAGAGACACCAAAUCAACAAUCGGCACCAGAACCUAAGGGUAUAUGGUAUAAUAUUAAAAAUGCGAUUUCCGGAUGGUAUUUGCUUCAUCACCGAGAUCAUUCUUGUGGCGUAUCAUUUCGACGCAGAAAUUUUGGAGUUUUUGGAGUUUUUUGGGGGCAGAUGGGUAACAAGCAAAAUGUUUGA